AAAACAGGGGUUGAUAAAUCGAAUCGGUCAUACAUAUCAGAAAUAAAAAUUGCAUGCCAUCUCGUCUGCACGCCGCAUUCAAGUCUUGUAAACAUUUUAAAAUAUAAAAAAUAUGAAUUUAUUAUCGCAGUUUUUGCUUUUUAUAAUUGCAAUCUCCCCUAUUAUCUGCAAUGAUCAACCAAAGGUUAAAAUUGGUAUAAAAAAACGCAUAGACGAUUGUACCACUCGUACAAAGAAGGGCGAUUUUAUUCAUGUUCAUUACAAGGGUUCCUUGGAGGAUGGAACCGUGUUUGACAGCAGUUUAACCCGCGGUUCUCCAUUUACAUUCACCUUGGGAACCAAUCAAGUUAUCAAGGGUUGGGAACAAGGUCUAAUGGGUAUGUGCGAGGGUGAGAAACGGCGUCUUGUUAUCCCACCCGAGUUGGGUUAUGGCAAACAUGGAUCGGGUCAAGUUAUUCCACCAAACGCUGUACUAGUCUUUGAAGUGGAACUCAUGAAAAUCGAAAAAAGACAAGAUUUAUAAAAUUUCAACUAUUUUUAAUGAUUUUUUUUAGAUAUAAAUGUGUGUCAUAUAAAA